AUGUCUUCUUCGUUAGUAGUGGACUCUCUCCCGCCUCGGGGAGCAGCAGAGGGGCCCGUUGCGAUGAAGCAGCAAAAUCAGCAGCAGCAACAGCAAAGAGGGCAGCAAAAGAACAAAGACAAAAUGAAUUUCAUUGGGGGCAAGAUACCUGCUGCGCUUUCUCUCAGAGGCAGCAACGCACUCCGAGGAGGCCGUCGUACAUACAACGCGAUGUGUCUGAACGAUAACUGGUACGAAGAGCGUUUGAACCCCCGUUCAAAAGAAGAGCUGCGUCUGUACACCGCAGCAGAUGAUAGGCCCUCUCACGCCCCCUUCGGUCCCUGGGCGUCUGAGUAUAGCGUUGCUUUUUCUAAGGGCAACUGGAAGCAUCAGCCUGUUCAUAUCGCUUCUUCUGAUACUCUUUUUGCUGUUGAUGAUACGGGGCCUAGAGAUUGGACCACCUGCUACAGACACGACUUCCGUAAUCGCCAGCAAGAGGAGGUAAACAUCCGCAAGAAAGAACUGCAAGAGCAGCAGCAACGUGCAGCUGCAGCAGAACAAAGACUGCAGCAAGCAGAGGAAGCAAGAGCUCCCCAGUGGCCGAUGACUCCAGAUGCGGCUGCUCGCCUGAGUGCAUUACGUCAAGGAAGCGGCGGCGCAGCAGCAGCAGCAGCAGCAGCAGCACCUACAGGCCGUGCCGCUGCAGAGGGUUAUGAAGAGUAUGCGGAGCAGCAGGAAGAAGAAGAGGAGCAGCCCGAAGACCCUUAUGCGUUGCGGCUGGGAGAGUGCAGCAGAGACAGCAGCAGCAGCAGCAACAACAACAACAACCACGAGGAGCAGAAAGGAAAUACACGCUUUGUUUCAUUUAAAGAUAACAAAUGCAACGAAGAAGAGACAGCAGACUUAGCAGAAAAAAUGGAGGACCUGUCAUUAAACCCUCAUAGCUAUAGAGCCGCAGGGAAGCCUACUGGGUGCAUGCGCUGUACUACUAGGCAAUGA